AACUUUUUACGGAACAUUUUGCCUCAAAAGUUACCAGGAAAGUAGUGACUGACGUGUGUUAAUAAUCACCUAGGAGGCAGCGUCGACAGUCCUUUGCCGCUAGGGGCGUAGCCAUGGUGACUGCCUAUAUUGAUGCAGAGUAGGAUGAAACGAAGGAUGAAGUGAGAGAAAGAUGGAGCGAAGUUGCGACUCGCGUGGUGUGUUCUCUGCUUUAUCCUCUUAGAACAGUACAAACCUCAGCGACUAAUACAAGUGCAGUUCGAAACGCUCGUCGAAUGCACAUGGAAGAAUACUUCGGCCAUGCUGCACAAGGAUAGAAAUGAUAUAGUAAUUUCGCGCUUCGUUGCUUACUGUUUGCCUGUUUUGUUGAAGUUUGUUGGGGAAGAGUUAAGUCAGUUGCAAUUCUUUCGCACUUAAGUACGUGAAACCACGUGUUUUGCAAUUUGAGUUUUUGUUGCUUUUAAGAUAUUGUGUAGGAAAUGAAACAUGAGUUUUAAAAUGUUGUAGUUUGAAGAAAUAAUAACAAGUAUUUGCUGUUGAAGAAAUUAAUUAUUUAUUGUUAAACUGCUGUGAAAAAUCAAAAAAAAAAUAUAUCAAAAGACUUCUGUGCCAAAAUUUUAAAUCAAAAUUUGAGAAACAUUAUAUUUUGUUAAAUAUCUGUGUUCAAUAAUUACUAUCAGUGAGUGAAAUUGUUAUAAAUUAUAACUAUUGGAUAUUGAAAGAUUUUAUAUAUUAAAUUUAUCAACGUUAAAAAGCUUGCAAAAUCAUUUUUCACUAAGAAAAUAACACAUUGGUCACAGGAAUAUAUCAAGAAUGGAAUAAAAUUGUUUCCAAGAACUACCGAAAACCAGAACAUAUCUCUUAAUUUUCUAAUAAUGACUAUUAAAAGAUUACCGAAUUUGUGGAUGUUUGCACUCUAUGCAGUAGCAACAGUCGUAAUAUCCAGUGCAGAGAGAAGAGGACCCUAUUUCGCAGUCGAACCAGAUGCCAAAGUGGAAUUUAUGAACUCCACAGGAGCGGCUAUUGCUUGUUCUUGUCAAGGCAAUCCAACACCUCAGGUGACUUGGAUCAAGAAAGAUGGAACACCUCUGUCAGAUAUCACUGGACUUAGGCAUACUAGACCUGAUGGAACAUUAGUCUUCCCACCAUUUAGAGCUGAGGAAUAUAGACAGGAUGUACACGCAGCUGUAUACCGAUGUGUAGCCAGAAAUGUUGUAGGAACCAUUGCGAGCAGAGACGUUCAUAUAAGAGCAGGUAAAUUUAAUAAAUUUUAUACUUCCUCAUACAUAAAGAAUUACAUUGAUAAAUUGUCUAAGAUCUAAGGAAUUGAUAAAUUAUCUAAGUGAUAUUUUAUCGAAUUUGAGUAAAUAAUCCUUCCAGUUUAUUCAUUGA